UUUUAUAAUAUGUCGUUCGUCUAAGUCGAGGCCCAAAAGAAUGCUAUUAAUUGUUAGAAAUACCGUCACCAAGAGUCGAAGGGUUAGGGUGUUAUAUUCCACAAAUUCUGAUGUGAAGCAAGCUUGAAAAUUUGGAUGAUCCAGACUGUUAUAAAACUAAGAUGGAAUCUGCUCAUCAACAGAUUAAAGAAAUCUAUUCUAGAAUAAGAAGUAGAUGUUUUUGUAAUUCCAAGUUGAGUUAUCAAGAUGCUGUGAGAUUACUUCAGAAAAUCUUCGAUAAAGCAAGCCUUCAUACCAGCCAUAACAUUCAAGAUACUGAUACUCGUGAAUUGCUACUCACUUUAAGCCUAAUACGGACUUUGGGAGAGAUAUUCGUUCUUUCUGUAAAAGUCUGUAAAAGUUUAUGGAACAUCAAAGAGGAAUUAAUUCAAUCAAGUAUACCUCAGAAAAUGAUUAUGUUUCUAGAAAGUGAAGAGAAAAUUGUCAAGUUUGCUGCGAAGAAGGCAUUAACCACAUAUUUUUGUCUAUUACCUACCAGUUUGGGCUAUUUAUGUAACAGUUUAGAAUGUCUAAAAAACAGAAUUUUGGAGAAUACUGAUCCAGAACAACUAAGUCUCCUUUGUGAUAUUUUGACACAUUCUUCAAACUCAUACAAUUCAGUAAUGGCUGUAGAUAGUGGUCUCAAGAAAAAUUUUCAUCCUAAUUGGUGUAAAGAAGUCAUAGACGUUCUUACUGAUAGUUGGGAGCAAGAAUUAAAAAGAAAGUGCCUGACUAUAAUAACUGAACACUGGAGUGUUUUGAAAACAAGGUGUCUUCACUCUCUCUCUUCUGAAGAAGGAAGCCAUGAACAACUGCUCAAGACUUUUUUACAACUUUGGCAGUGCACACUACAAAUAUGUAGACAAGACAGAGAUUCUAUGUCAAUUCUGAAACAGUUUUCUUUGGCGUCAGAUGUCAGAAGUCUACUACUACUUAUGACUACUCAGACUACUCCACUUAUCUGCAGAAUGUGUCUUGAUGUUGCAAAUGAGGUUGUUUCCAUGGAGAGCAUUCAAGCUGAUUCUAUCAAGAAUUUAGCUGUGGAAGAAAUUGUUUCAGAAAUGACAACUUGUAAUUGGUUAGAGAAAUUACCACAAGCACCAAAAUUUUGGGGUUUUGGAGGAACAGUGAUCCAACCCACAAGAGAUGGCAGAGAAACUGAACCUGCUGCUGGGUCAACUGUAUUAACACGGAAAGUCAUUAUCUUUGUUUUGAAGUGCUGCUGUUUACUUCUUUACAAAUCCAAAGAAAGAGCUGAACGCCUGUUUAUUUCACUUCAGAAGUGGGCUUUAUUGCAAUGUCAAGAGAUUAUUGCAAGUUCCACAGGAGUAUCAAAUCUUGCUGAAUGGCUGAUUCCUCUGUUUCUAGACCAAGAUGAUCAACUAUUUGAAGCCAUGUUGUUGUCCUUGAAGUUAUAUAUUGAUUGCAAAGGCAAGAGAGUACAACCAUCAACAAAAGAUAAAAAUGAUAUUUUGAAUGCUAUGAACCCCCACAUGGUUUUUCUGAAGUUUGUGGAAACUUUGGGUUAUGACCACAAACCACUGAUUGACUUUUUAACAUCAAAUGAAACAUGUAUGUUGACUUACAUUGUUACUUACUUGAAAGUCAUGAAUCAUGAGUGGGAGUGUUUUGUAUCUGUCUGCCAGGAGGAGGAAACUAGUUGUGAUAGCUCAGAGGACGAGGAAUCUAUUCAAAACUCACCAGAAAACUGUGAUGCCAUAAGAAAUUUGCAUUUUAUUGCUCCUGUAAACCAAGUCCCAGUGUCAUGUUGUAAUAGUAUAUCAACAAGUGUGUUAGAUGAAAAACCGUCCCAGUCAAACCCCAAGACAUUGAUUUUAGAUCUGACUGAGAGCUACAACAUGCAAAGUCAGGGAGUUACUCAAGAAAAUGAGAGAAUUGAAAUACACGGUAGACAUGCAGUGCAUCAUCCCAUAGGGGAAGAUAAAGGUAGUGACAGCACUGGGGGAUCUGGAAACAAGUUAGACUUAAUAUUUGCAGUCCUAAUCAGGCUUCGACUAAGUAUAGAAAGACUUAGUGUAAAAAAUAUAUUUCCUUAUAAUCCAAAACCACUUCUUAAGCUCCUACAGAAAUGUGAAAAUAAAUAUGAAUCUCUAUAAAAGAAAUUGAGUUUUUUCUCAUUUAUUUAUUAUAAUACAAAAUACGAGUCUUUACACAAAAUCAUAACUUUUACAUUAGAUCUUCAUCUCCUAUAUCUGUAGCGCUUGAAGUGAAACCACAGCUGGAAGAUGUUAUUGUGAAACUGGCAUCGAAACCCUCUCUUAUAGGAAUACUCCCAUUCUCUGUUGACAAUUUUGAAUGCAAUAUCCUUAAAAUAAAAAUAAACAUUUUAAUUUUUGUUUCCAAAAAAUCAAGAUAGGUAAGUUAUAUGAAAAUACAAAUCAUAAUUUUGAAACUGUGUAUUUGUAAGCAACAAUUUCAGAACUAUUACCUACUUGGAUGGAUAUGAGUAUAUUUUAGCACAAGGCCGUACUGUGUCUGCCACAUUGAUUAGGUCCUCAAGUUAAUGGGAGACACCAGG